GCUGGAUUCGACGCCGUAGUCACGCCCGUGGCCAGCAUUCGUGCUGUCUGGUAGCUCGAGACAUCUAUUUGUUGUCUCCCUUCAGUGCCGUUGCGCGUGCGUGAUUACAUUUGAGCUGUACGGCAGCAGAGCGACAGCAGCCUGCAGUCCCCAUUCACAGCAGCCAUAAGCGACGCCGAUCGCAUCGCGGCGUCGACGAAGCAGCCGCAGCCAUGGCACGCCUGCUCGCACUCCUCGCCACGACCACGGCAUGGCAAUCACCGCAGCAGCUAAGGCAGCCGACACGCUUGUACCGCAUAAAAAACUCCGCCUCCGUCGGAGCAGAAGCACCCGUAGCGCCCAAAAUAAGGUACACGAAGCCCGACUUAAGUAGCGCCACGGACACUUUUAGUGCAUUAGCAAGGAUGUGCGGCGUCACUAGUAAUGUGCAGGACGCUACCCUCGACUUCCAGGGCUUCUCCCUAGCUUUUGAGCAAUUGUACAACGACAACGUCGCGCUGGAGGAGGGCCAACUGUCAGAACUACGACGGGAACUCUCAAUAAAUUCAGAUGAUGAUCCGGUCUCGUUACACGACUGGGGCCCGUUCCACGCGGCCUACAUGAAGCGGAGCGGCAUGGCCUCCGUCCUCUCGAUGCAGGCUACUCAAAAACAAAAGGAGAAAGAUAACGAAGAUGCAUUGCGAUUGCUACGAGACCAGCACGCCCAGCGCGAGAAGGACUGGGCCCAGGAGCUCCAAAAGGCGAAGAUGGACCAGGCGGCCCGGAGUAUGUCCAAGGCCAAGCUCCUGUCCAAGGACAUGGAGGCCGAGAAGAAGUCUAGGGGGAAGUACUUCGAGGCUAGGGAGAGUGCGGCCAAAGCCGCGGCGCAGUAUAGAAGCCUAGAACCGGGCCGGUGGGACGAAGUUGUCUCAGAUGUCGGUGGCAUGCGUAAGGCACUGGAGGAGAUUCGACGACGGGUCUGGACGCCGUUGUGUGCGCCUACUGCUUUACUUGAUGAGCUCGGUGCCGAAAGGUUGAAGGGUGUGCUGUUGUACGGUCCGCCCGGAUGUGGUAAAAGUUACUUGGCCAAACGGUUAGCGAAAUCUCUCUCGAGGAGGCCGGCGACGGUCGUCAGCGGCCCGGAGAUCAUCGACAAGUACGUCGGAUCAUCAGAAGCGCAACUCAGGGAUUUAUUCGCGUCCCCACCUUUGGUGCCACCGCGACCGGGCGACGCCGAGGACGUCGCGCAGAUCGCGGAGAACAACGAACUCCAUGUCGUCGUGUUGGAUGAAUUCGACGCGAUAGCUCGCGUGCGCUCCGACGGGAAGAAGUCUGAUACCGCUACGAGAGACAGUGUAGUGAACCAGUUGCUGGUGCUCAUGGACGGCAUCGCGGCCAUGCCCGUGCCGACGUUCGUCUUAGCUUUGACGAAUCGGAGGGAAUUGAUCGAUGGUGCUAUACUACGACCCGGUCGGCUGGAGGCCCAUGUGGAAGUACCAUUACCUGAUUUAAGUGGGAGGGGUCAAAUCCUCAAAAUCCACGCCGAAAAGAUGCGCCAGUCGGGCCGGCUGCGGCUGGACGACCACGACCCCUUCCAGGACGGCUGCACGCUGCAGGCCGUCGACGAGUCGACGUACUCCGAGUGGGUUUCUUCAGUUGCUUUGAAGACCGAGGGCUUCAGCGGCGCGUCGAUGGCGGCCGUCGUGCGCGCUGCGGUCGCUAGGGCCUUGUCGCGAAGCGUGGAGGCCGACGACGUCUUUGCGUGCGCGGUCACUUCCGUAGAUUUCGACGACGCCGUCGAGGACGUGAGGCGGUCGCAGAUGCCAGUGCUGGAGGACUAACUAACAAGUAUGAAUUCC